AUCUCUCAGAAGAGGUGGAGCUCAUUUUGCAGCUUUUGUAUGUUUUCAUUGCUGAGGUUAUUCUGUAAAGCUGGAGUCUGAUGGGAAUGCUUAGAGCAGUACCUAUGCAGAGCUGCUUGGUGUUUUUAUUUUAAGCCUCAAACUUUGUAAAGUAGUGUUGAACCGGCCGUGGGAGCAUCACAAACACGCUCUGCUGUGAAGUGCUGCUGCUGCUGCUGCUGGUGCUUUGAAGUUUACAGCUGCUCGGAUGCGGGGACGCACCGGUGGCGGAUGAAACGCACCAAGGAGCGGUCCGAGGGCUGUGCACGAUCUGGAAUCUGGAGGAAAACAGCGAGCAAUUCACUGUAUGAGCAAGUUGAUAGGCGCAAAUAACGGAACACCCCCCCCCCCUCCCCCCCAGAGGAAUAUUCUGCACAUGUGGACUCAUCCCACCAGCCUCCAUCUGAGCUUCCACCUGGCAUUCCUCUGUUGGAUCUAAAAAUACAAGCCUGAAAAACACAUCUUUUGCUUUCCUUUCUCUUUUUUUUUUCUUUUAAAUUCUCUGCCUUUGUGUCGUGCUGCGGCAGACAUGGAGGACCAGGGCCGGAUGAUGCAGGCUCUGAGCGCCGUGACUCUGGCCGGACACUCGGCGCACACCGGAGCAGUGGGUCUGCCGCUGCCCCACAUCCACGACGGGGCCGACGGGGACGGAAGGAAGCAGGACAUCGGGAGUAUUCUGCAUCAGAUCAUGACCAUCACCGACCAGAGUCUGGAUGAAGCGCAGGCAAAGAAACAUGGCCUGAACUGUCACAGGAUGAAGCCUGCGUUGUUCAGCGUUCUCUGUGAAAUCAAGGAGAAAACAGGUCUGAGUAUUCGCGGCGUACAGGAAGAGGAUCCUCCAGAUGCCCAGCUGAUGAGACUGGACAACAUGCUGCUGGCCGAGGGGGUGGCUGGGCCAGAGAAGGGGGGAGGGGCAGCGGUGGCGGCGGCGGCAGCAGCUGCAGCGGGCAGCAUCACUGACAACUCCAUCGAACACUCUGACUACAGGGCCAAGCUGACACAAAUCAGACAGAUAUAUCAUACAGAACUAGAGAAGUAUGAACAGGCCUGCAAUGAAUUCACCACCCAUGUCAUGAACCUACUGAGAGAGCAGUCACGGACACGACCCAUCUCACCAAAAGAGAUCGAACGCAUGGUGAACAUCAUUCACCGCAAGUUCAGCUCCAUCCAAAUGCAGCUGAAGCAGAGCACUUGUGAGGCUGUCAUGAUCCUGCGCUCCAGGUUCCUAGAUGCAAGGAGGAAAAGGCGAAACUUUAGCAAACAGGCCACUGAAAUCCUGAAUGAAUAUUUUUAUUCACAUCUGAGCAACCCAUACCCCAGUGAGGAGGCCAAAGAGGAGCUCGCUAAAAAGUGCAGCAUCACUGUUUCCCAGGGUGGGGGAAGCACCAUCACAGUGUCACAGGUUUCUAAUUGGUUUGGAAACAAGAGGAUCCGAUAUAAGAAGAACAUUGGAAAGUUCCAGGAAGAGGCUAAUCUAUAUGCAGCAAAGACAGCAGUGACAGCAACGCAGGCGGUAGCAGCAGCCGUCCACAACAGUCAAGACAACUCUCCUAGCACACCCAACACAGGUUUCCAAAUGAAAGACAAGGAGUUCCAGAUGGAUGAUGUUGACACCAAAAGCUCCUUGUUAACCAGCAUGUUUACUGGUUCUCCUGGUUCCUUUAGCCUCCCACACUCAGGGGACAUGUUCAUCAGCAUGCAGGGUCUUAAUGGGGCGUCGUACCAGGGGGCUCAAGUCGGAGCCAAUAUGCAGUCUCAGGUGGAUACCAUCCACAGUGCUAUCAGUCAGACAGGCUACAGUAAUGGCCUCCGACAUCCUCUGUACACCUCACAUGGCCUCAACGUUAAUGAGGGCUGGCAUGACGCCUCCAGAACUUCAGUGACCUCUCCUGAUAAGGGGCCGGCCAGUGUACACUCAGAUACCUCAAACUGACCCCUCAAACCUCAGCAAAGUGUUAUCAUGGACCAGAACCAAAGUGAUGUCUGGACCCGCCAACAGACUCAGCUGGAAUCACUUUUCUGGCUUUCUAAGCUUCGGACACUUUAAGAGUAAUGUUCUCUGGAUGGAACAGAGGAUGACAUUAAAACUAUACUGACUAAACACACAGGCCGCAGAAGAGAGGUGUUCAGACAGAAUGAUGGACUCAAGUAUGAAGAGAGUGUUGAUCUACAUGGAGAUGUGUAAAACCUCCUACCCCUCCAACAAGUCUGCAACCAUGUGGUCACUGGAUUUCACCAUCAGUAUGAAUCUAACCUAGGAUUAGUUUAGAUCAGAGUUUAUGAGAGCUGGAGUUAAACUGAAUAAAUGCAGAUGUGAAAUACAGCAGUGUUAAAAUUGAAUCUCGGUUUAGUAAAUCCAAGUUUAUUAUGCAGCAAAAUUAACUUUAGUUUAAUUAAUAUGGAAAUACUUACCCAAACUAAUAUAGAAAAUUAAUAAGAGAUUAGACUGAAGUACAAAAGAAGGAAGAAACCGGCCAACUUUUGGCUGCUUUGUAUCCAUGCAAACAAUAAAAUGCUUGUUAGCUAAAGUAUUUGUUAUAGUUAUCCCACCCCAGAUCAUUGUAAACCAAUGAUUUUAGUCAUUAUGGGGAUGUUUCCUUAACCAAAAUUGAAAUUAAUAAAUAAAUGAAAAGUAAAUAUGCAUGUUGUGCAUACUUCAGCAUAUUUGUCUGUAAUCUUCAUAGGGAGAUGAAAAACUGUUGACGGCUUGAUAUUAAAACUGAUGUGAAAUAUCUUUGAGUGUAAGACAGAGUCCAUAAACUCUUGGCACCGACUGACUCCC